AAAACUAUUAGAUGGCUUCCUGGACACAAACUGAUCCACCAAUCACGCGAUGGCCGUACAACCAGGAUUCCCUGGGGGAUACGGAGUAUCCCAAAUAAUGCCCAGCCCGACCUCACUGCCUACCUCGAUGCGGACAUCCAGCCUGAUCCAAUCACCAUCUGCUUCGUGACGGCUGCUGGCAUCACAGGUCAUAUCAUUACCAUUGCUCUCUUCCUCAUGGUCACCUCCUCUCUGGAGUUCAUCAGGCGGUCCUACUUUGAGGUGUUCUGGUACACUCACCACCUCUUUAUUGUGUUCCUGGUUGGCCUGGCCUUCCACCAAUUCCAACGUCUCCUGCCAGUCCAGACAAACAUUGCCGACCACGACCCUCAGAAUUGCUCUCAGUUCCGUGAGGUGGGCCCCGAUUCUGGAUUCUUCAACCGCACGACUGGGGAGGUCCUUAACACUACCAAUCAGGAGAUGACCAUUGAGAUCUGUCCUCCUGCCGAAUUCACUCCUGCCCCUGCCACCGCAUGGGCCUACAUGUUGGGUGGACUCAUCAUCUACGCCAUAGAGCGUACGGUCCGUUUCUUCCGUAGUCUGAGGAAGGUUGUCAUCAUCAAGGUGGUGGAGCAUCCCUCCAAGACCAUCGAGAUCCAGAUGAGGAGCAAGGGGUUCUUUGCUGAUGCUGGUCAGUACGUCUUUGUCAACGUGCCAUCCGCAGCUCUCUUUGAAUGGCACCCCUUCACCCUCACCUCUGUGAGUUUCUCCCAAACUGUAGUGUGCACUUUUCAACCGUUUGUGUUGCAGUUACCCAAUACGUUCACAGAAAGCCCUCUUAACACAUCUUAUGACUUAUGCCCCCUUGUUGGCAAGUGAAGCAAGCCUACCUGUAGUCGCCUGAAUGCGUUCCUAGACAGUGAAAUGUGUAAGCCAAAACCUGGCACAUUGCUAUUUGACUCUAUGGUCCUGUGGUAUUGUCAGCGUUGGGGACUUGAUGAGCCAAAACAUUUUACUUGAGGGAGAGCCAUGAUCACGCUAGACCUGCAAACCCAAAGUUGCCUGUAUUGAUGUUACUGGUGUGUGUGAAUGCAGGCUCCAGAGGAGGACUAUUUCAGUCUCCAUAUUCGUAUUGUGGGAGACUGGACAGAGGAGGUGGGCCGUCAGCUGGGGAUCGGUCGUGACGACUUCCAGCAGUCCUGGGAACUGCCUCGCAUCGCCAUUGACGGGCCUUUCGGUACUGCUAGUGAGGAUGUAUUUGAUCGUGAGGUCGGAGUCCUGGUGGGUGCCGGGAUUGGAGUGACUCCAUUUGCCUCCAUCCUCAAGUCUGUCUACUACAAGUUGAUUGACGAGAACACCAAGAUCCGACUCAAGAAGGUCUAUUUCUACUGGAUCUGCCCCGAGCCCACCGCCUUUGAGUGGUUUGCCGACCUCCUCCUCUCUCUCGAGAAACAGAUGGCCGAGAAGGGAAUAAGUGAUUUCCUGGACACCCACAUCUACCUGACCCGUGGCUGGAAGGACAACCAGGCGUUUGCCAUCAUGUUGAGGGAGGGAGACGAGGCCGACGCCAUCACUGGCCUCCAGGCAAAAACCCACUUUGGCCGCCCCGACUGGGCUAAGGAAUUUGACAGCAUCUCUCUCUCCCACCCAAACACUGGUGUGGGGGUGUUUUUCUGCGGACCUCCUGUUCUCUCCCACAACCUCCACAAAUACUGCAAUGAGUACACUCGACAGGGCGACUCCACCCGCGCACGCUUCUACUACAACAAGGAGAACUUCUGAGUGAUUCCGAUUGUGUCAAUUACCUCCCCUCUGCCCCUUCAAUUUAGUGAUUACAUAGUCUGAGUACUGCAUGCAUGGUGUACGAGAACUGAUAAUAGUAUAGUAAUAAGGAGUGUGUUUGCAUCCACUUUAGCUGUGUACAAAACCAUGUAUUAACAAUCACGAUGCUAAGUUUUGAAAAGAAAAUACAAUCAUAAAGAUCUGCUUGCACAAUGGGCCUAGAAGUGGCAUGCUGUGUUGAAGCGGAUGUUAAGUAACAAACACUGCUCCUCUUAUAACCAUCUGUAGACAUAUGUCCACUUGUUACUGAACUGAACUUCAUGAGCUUUUCCCCC